ACAAAGACCGGAAGCUCCAAUUAACGCUGCGUUUGUGUGUGUAUCUGCGUCAUUACCUCGUUUAUGAAACCCUGAAGUUUCAGAACAAACAGUUCAGCCACUGCUGAGAAAAUAGUGUUGUAUUGUUGUCCUGGGCUCUGCCAAGCGGAUCUGCACUUCCCGAAGCUGAUGAUGUCAUCAGAAAUCCUCAACACUCCUCUCACCACCGUAGCUCCUCCUGGUGCGGGCACUACUCCGGGCACAUCCGGUUGCGUAAAUUCAACCGCAGAAGAAGAACUAGUCUCGUUGUAGCUGCUGAGCAUAUCGGUUGAGAACAUGUCUUCGAAAAAAAGAUCAGUUUGCUCUGUUCUGGGUUGUAGUAAACAAGGACAGACGCUCCACAAGCUCCCCACCAAUGAGCAAACAAAAGCUCAGUGGAUAUUGUUCAUUUCUGAUGGGAAUGUGCCUGCUACAUUUCCCAAAAUUCUCCAUGUAUGUGGCAACCACUUCACGGAGGAUUGUUACACAAACUUCGCGCAAUACAAAGCAGGGCACAGCACCACACUUCGCCUCAAAGAAGGAGCAGUACCUACAAUACAUGCUGGAUUACCUGCAGCACAAGAUCGUUUUAUCCACACGGGCACACAAACAGAAGCUCCAAGUGUGAGAACAUGUGCCACUCAACUGUCAAUUGGGACCUUGAAAGCACACGUGCACAGCCAAAGGACCCAGACACCAGUGUUGUCACAUGAGACUGCUGGCACACAAACCACACUACCGGAGUACAUGUUUUCAUCCACACCUAUAAAGGUGCCAGGGUUUGGACCACAAAAAAGAGCACGUGUUGAGUCAGAGGAGGAAGAGGGAUUCACCUCACCAGAGUCACAAGUCGACCCAAAUGACCCAACCUUUACUCCUGGCGGAUCCCUAACAACACAUGAUUCAACAAUGUUGACGGAAAGUGCUGUAUACAUGGAUAAAAAAUACAUUGUAUUUGAGUCCUGCCUGAGGGAGCUUUUUGACACAUGUCCAGUGUGCAAGAGAAAUUGCGAAGUGCAGCAGCAACAGAAGGGCACGUAUGUUGCAUUUCAUCAAACGUGUCCAAAAUGCAACUACUCCAGGAAGUGGCAAAGUCAGCCCAUGAUUAAGAACACCCCAGUUGGCAAUGUACAGUUAUCUGCUGCUACAUAUUUCACUGGUGCAUCCUUCAUCCAGCUGGAAAAGCUAGGCCGCGCCUUGCAGCUCCAGGUUUCUCAUUAUGACACCUUCCGGAAACAUGCAAGGAAAUACCUGGAACCUGCAAUCGUCCACAAGUGGAAGAGUGACCAGCAGGUCCUUUUCUCCACAUUGAAACCGGGGGGGGGAAAGUUCAAGUUGCAGGAGACAUGCGUGCAGAUUCUCCAGGGCACUCUGCAAAAUUUGGGAGCUAUUCCUUGAUGCACAUGGACAGCAACAAAAUUUUGGACCUGCAGCUAGUUCAGAGCAAUGAAGUGGGUGGUAGCUACCACAUGGAAAAGGAGGGACUACGACGAAGUCUGUACUACAGUGCAACGUCCUCAACAUCGGGCCCAGAGAAGGUUGUACCUUGCAUCCAUGCAUCACAACGAAAAUUCCAGCCGUGAGCAGGCAACAACAGCUUUAGGCCAAGCUGUCUACAGAGUGUCGUAUUCGAAGGCCGAGAAGGGAGAACCCACCGCAAAGCCGGUCAAAACAGACCCCACGUACAACUAUGUGGCUGAAUUGAUGAGGCUGGUGUUCGAGGAGGUGAUGGAGGACCCAGAGUCUUUCGCUGAGGACAUGAGGAAGAUCGCCAUCCCAGAGACCCUGUCGGCCCAGUAUGACAGACCCUCAAAGGAGGAAGUCAUUGCCUCACACGUGACCCGCUUCAGUCAAGGGGUGGGCGGAAGCCAACAUAUUGUCCAGCCAGAUCAGGAAACUCCUGGCGUUUCCGGCACACGACACACGACGGGAUGACAACUCGUACACGUCGUCCCAAAUAUCCCCAGCACCAGCUGACAAAGCUGCGGUAUGCUAAAUGCCGGUAGCGACUGGAAAGUGGAUAGAAAUGUAAAAAAAAUUAAAUGCUGCUCUUGCACUGUGCACAUUUUGUGUAAAAAGUUUUUAUUAAACAUUUCUAAGACACAA